AUGGUGGUGGCCGUGGCGGUGGUGGUGGUGGCCGUGAGCUAUGCUUCAGUUGGAUAUGCCGACGAGGGAACCGCUACUUUCUACACACCUCCUUACGUUCCCUCGUCGUGCAACGGAUUCAAAAACGAUGGCGUGAUGAUAGCUGCAGCAAGCGACGCAAUUUGGGACAAUAGAAGGGCGUGUGGCCGGACUUACAGAGUUAAAUGCACGGGCGGCACGAACCAAGUGCCGCACCCUUGCACGGGGCGGAGCGUGGUGGUCAGAAUAGUUGACUAUUGCCCGGCGGGUUGUCGAGGGACGAUUGACCUCUCUCAAGAAGCAUUCGCCGUUAUUGCAAAUCCCGAUGCUGGAAAAGUCAACAUUCAGUUUAACCAGUAA